AUGACGUCCUGGCCAGGUUAUAUAGAGGAUCAACUAAUGAGUAUAAGCAAUCUGGGAUUAACACUGCGGCUGAUACUUGUAUUAACAUGCGUAUCAGGUGCAUAUUUGGCCAGAUUACGAUUCUCAUUGAUGGUAAUUACGAUACUUUUUUCAAUUGCUUAUAUACUUGCAUAUUUUAAUAAAAUUAUAAAAUGUAAGAAAAUGAUUUCUGCUGUGAAACGUAAAAUGCAUGGCUCUAAAUGGACACAGUUUCAAAUUACAUGCAUUAAAAAAAUUUCAAAAGAUACAUCUAUAUAUACAUUUAAUAUUCAAUAUCCAGAAGGUUCAUUACAUUUACCGUUAGGACAUCACGUACAAGUAAGAGCUAUGAUUCAUGGUAGACAGACAAUACGUUAUUAUACCCCAAUAUUUCCAAGCGAGACAACAAAGGAACUACAACUUAUGGUGAAGUCAUAUUCAAAUGGUACAAUGUCUAAAUAUUUAUCGACUCUGCAUGUAGGACAGACAGUUGAAAUCAGAGGACCUUUCGGCAACCCAACUUCAGACAACAACCAACAUUAUCCAUUGCAGAAGGAGAUAGAAACAUAUAGAAAGAUGGGUAAAGAAUCCAAUUCAAAUGAAGAGACAUUAACGCAACUUGGUAUAGUGGCAGGUGGAUCUGGUAUCACUCCUGUACUACAAGUCCUACACGAAAUAGUAACAAAUCCAUACCAUUUAGAAAAUAUAUCCCUGAUAUAUGCAAAUGAAACAGUAGACGAUAUAUUAUUGAAGAAUGAAUUAGAUGAAAUGGCUAAAAAACAUCCACAUUUCCAAAUACAUUAUGUAUUACAUCAUCCACCGAAAGGUUGGAAAGGUGAAAGAGGUUAUAUAACGAAGAGAAUGUUACAGAAAUAUUUACCUCGAUAUAACAAACAGCAUAAAUUAUUGGUGUGUGGCCCCUUAGAGAUGGAUGAAUUAGUGCUUAGGUACAGUAAAGAACUUGGGUGGAAUAAAGGAUUCCAGAAAUCUAGGAGUAAUGAUAAAGUGUUUGUAUUUUGA